GCCGAGAACCGCAAUGCUUGCUGGGAAACAACAAACCCAACUCGUCGCCAUCUUUCUUUGUAACGACUUGGUAAGGCAAAUAAGAAUCAAUUUCGAAUGUUUAUUUCUCCAAAACAGAGGUGUUUAAGCAGAUAAUUUUGAUUGCUUGUGUAAUUGGCAAGUUUAAAAAGGCGCCUUAGGGGCGGAGUGUCUGAUAUCGUUUAGUUUUUUAGCCAUAAGUUAGAGGAGUUUGGGAUAAGCUUGAGUUGAAGUAGUCAACAUGGGCCGCUCACGAAGUCGAAGCUCGUCUAGGUCCAAACACUCCAAAAGCAGCAAGCAUAGCAAGAAACGUAGCCGAUCUAGGUCGCGAUCUAGGGACAGGGAGAGAUCCAAGAAGCGGUCCAAGUCCCGGGAAUCUAAGCGGAAUCGGCGUAGGGAGUCGCGCUCUCGUUCCCGGUCAACCACAGCAUCGUCCCGCAGAGAGAGAGCAGCGUCUCCGCCGGAGCGCAUCGACAUUUUCGGCCGGACGCUAAGUAAGCGAAAUGCUCUAGACGAGAAACAGAGAAAAGAAGAAGAGGAGCGAAAGGCGGAAAUGGAGAGGCAAAGGAAAAUCCGGCAGCAGGAGAUUGAGGAGAAGCUGAUCGAGGAGGAGACCGCGCGGCGCGUGGAGGAGCUGGUGGCCAAGCGGGUGGAGGAGGAGCUGGAGAAGCGGAAGGACGAGAUCGAGCGGGAGGUGCUGCGGCGCGUGGAGGAGGCCAAGCGCAUCAUGGAGCGGCAGCUGCUGGAGGAGCUGGAGCGCCAGCGGCAGGCCGAGCUGGCGGCGCAGAAAGCCAGAGAGGUAACGCUCGGUCGUUUGGAACGCAGACCCCCUCUGUCCCCCCCACUGCACCUGCCUCUGCUGCCUCUGUACCAGCAGACACGGGCCGCCACGGCCCUCCAGUGGAAAGUGUCCCGCUAAGAAUAAACCUAUUCCCCACUAAGUUUUGUCAUUUCAUAAUUGGAAGCGCCUCCAUUAGUCUGAAGAGAUUGCAUUUCUAGCACCGGGGGCUUUUAGAGGACCCAAACGUCUCAUGGUGUCAGGUCCUGGAGGGGUUGUAGCUAAGACGGGUUCUUUGGCCCAGCAGUGGAGCAGCAUAGAGCCACGUUUGUGCUCAGACCCACGUCUGAUGCCCCCCCCACUGCUCCCCAACUCUGAGCUGUGUAUCUGAAUGCUGCCUGUAGGGGUUCUGGUCAGCCUCUAAGGUCAGCCCAAAGGGGCUGGGAGCUGGCUCUUUGUGGCCAGCGUUAGAAGCAGGGACAUGAGAUUAGCACUGAGCUGCCCCCCCCUCUGCUGCUCCACUGCCCCCCCCCAUUUGGCAGCU